AUGAAAAAUGAAAAAAGUGCAGUCGUUAGUGGAUUCAGAGGAGCUGGACUUUAUCCAUUUAACUCUAAUGCAGUAGACUAUGAUAUUUUACAGAAGACUAAAAAAUCCAAAAAAACUGUUGAUCGGCUGGAUAACAAUAGUGCAGAUGAAAAUGGAGAAAAUCAACAGUUUUUGUUAAGUUUUGAAAAAAAUUUACCGGAAGAUAUGCUCUCUGAAUUUAAAGAAGCUGCA